AUGGCGCCGCAGCCAAAGCCGGCAGCAACUGACCUCAAGCGCAAAGCUCCCCCAGGCGCGCGCCGCACACAGCCGCCGUCGAAACGUCCCCGGUCACAAGCGGUCGCCGCCACCCCCCCGAAACCGCCUCUCCUCGGGCCCCACGAGGACAUGAUCGCGCACCUUCAACCCAAGUGCAACGUCCUCCCCGCAUCCGUCAUCUCCUCUACCCAGAUCCGCAAACGCGUCACGCAGGUGACGGCUCACCUGAGCGCGCCAUCCGCCCUGCCGGCCGUCGCGCUGCUCCACGCUCGGACGGGCGAGGUGUGCAAGAUGAUCACCAUCGUCGAGCAGUGCAAGAGACUCUUGGGCCAACAGGGCAAAUCUUGGUUCCAGUACAACCAGAUGUUCCAGCUGCCUCAGGCGGCGACCCAGGAUGUGGUUGAGGAGACGGUUCUAGAGGGCGAGGAUGAGGAGGGGUCCUCGUCGGACGAAGGCUUCGAGGUCAUGGCUAGCCGCUUUGCGGACGCUGUCCUGCCGGCUCCGUCGAAAAGAAUCGUGAGGUCAAUGAGGAUUUUUCUAAGCGGGCAGGCGAUUCCGGAGCUGGGGGCUAAAGAGGGGGUGACGCUGCAAUCAAGUGAGAGGGAGGAAAAAGACUGA